AUCAUAAUCAAGAAAUAACUCAUUCUUGUCAUUGUCAAAUCAAAUAACCUCAAAAUCAGAAACACCGCUCUGCCAGUGUUGAAGUUCAAUAAAAUACGUUUACGAUAUAAUACUUUAUACUUAGUCUACGGUUUACAAAAUCAGGAAUAUCCACUUGUCUAACGUCGUCCGAUUUUCUAGACUAAACAGUGACCAUGGCUGAUGAUGGUGAAAAUGUAUCUGUAAUGACAGUAAAGGAGCCUCUGGACCUCAUUAGACUAAGCUUGGAUGAGAGGAUAUACGUAAAAAUGCGAAAUGAGCGUGAGUUGAGAGGAAAAUUACAUGCUUAUGACCAGCAUUUGAAUAUGGUACUUGGUGAUGCAGAAGAGACAAUAACAACUGUUGAAAUUGAUGAGGAAACAUAUGAAGAAGUUUACAGAACAACUAAGAGGAACAUUCCCAUGUUAUUUGUUAGAGGUGAUGGAGUCAUACUCGUGUCUCCUCCCGUGAGGGUUGGAGUGUAAUUUAAGAUUAAUAUAAGUUUAAUUAAUAAAAUCUACAUUUAAAAUUAAA